CGCCCGGUAGCCCAUGACGUAGUUUAUUUGCAUAUGACAUUGAGACGUCACCAAGGCCGGCACCGCCCCCACGGGCUCGGGUCGCUUGUCCUCCCUUGACCCGGUAGCCGCUGUGUCGGGGCUGGGCACCGGGUCAGACGCUGCCAUCCAAAGGGGACUGUAGGGGGGUCGGCGAUUUCCUAGGCUAAUCCAGGGGCUAGGGUCAGGCCUCUGAUCCCCUACUUUCUCUUUGCAACCUGAGGAGUCAGACGGCGCUGCUGGGCCUAGGUUGACGGGGCCGUCAGGAGUUCAGGGCUGCCUCGGUCUCUAGGUCUUUGGGACGGCACCAGAUGGUGGUCGGAUCCCCUCCCUCUGGCUCCAGACUCCGCCCCCAGGGACUAACAGAAUAACAUCCUCCUAAUCCCUGAUUUGUGUGCAGUGCUUUAGCUAAUGUCACUCCCAGACCCAAAAUGAGGGGUCUUAGACCCGAGUUCACAGAAGAGGCAACAGGCCCAGAGAGGAGGAUUAGCUCACUGGAGGUCACACAGGCAAUUAGAGUCAUGCUCACUGAGUGACAGAUGCAUUAUUAGCCAGGGGCAUAGACAUAGGAGGGGCUCAAUACAACUGGCAAGAUACACAUCCGCCUUCCUCUGGGGACCCUAUCUUGGGCUCAGCAUCAUCAUGGUUUGAUAGGCUCCUAGGUCUCCUUACUCCUGGACCCUUUUCCAGGGAAUCUCUGGAGAUAGGUUCACCUUUUGUGGUGCUAAGCCCUUCUGUCCUCACUAUACCUUGGAGUCCUAGAGUCCAAUAAAAUCGCUGCCUCCCAGCUGUUUUGAUCACAGAGAGGUGAGUCAUUGGUUGCCUCCGGGUGUCUCCAGGACUGAUGUUGGGGUGGAGGGUGGGGUGAGGAUUCCCUCUAUUGGCCCUUUACCUCCCCAACUCCCUAGGUUGUCAGCCAAGAAGGACUUAACCUGGCCUAGUGCAGACAAUUGCAAGUGUUUUCUUGCACCUUCCUCACCCCCUCUGCCCCCAGAGAGUAUAGGAGAAGGGAUAGGAAAAGGAGAGUUUAUGUCUUAAGUGGAUGGGGCCUAGAGGCAGAACGAAGAACUCCAUUGCAGCUGGGAGUUUGCUCAAGGAUGGGCUGGGGGUAGGGGUGGCUUAGGACUCAAAUGCUAUUCUGGGCAGAGCUGCUGUAGUUAUUAAAGGGAAUGGUUCUCCCUGGAGCAGAACUGGGAAUGUGAGAACCAGGAAGCUGGCAGGGCUGGGAAAGAAAAUCUGGGAGGCUCCCCAAGUGGUCAGGAGAGGGGGCAGGCACUGGCUGGCUGGUGCUGCUGUCACUCUUGGCUGUCACUGACUUGCUGUGUGACCUCAGGCAGGGAGCUUCUCUCCUGAGCCUCUUUCAGUUAAUGCAUGCUAAAUCUUGGUGCCAGGAACUCCAGAUCCUUUUGUAGUGGCUAGGUCAAGGUCUCUCUUUGACCUCCCUGUACCCCUUCAUCAUUAUAUUCUUGGGGAUUGUUUUCAGAGUCUUUCCUGUGUACAGUCUGGACUGGAUGCUCAGUAACUUGGGAUUAGGCCUGCCCUGCCACUAUCUAGCCAUGUAUUUUUGCAUAGAUUUAUGUCCUCUUUCUGAUCAUCAGAUUAUAAAAUGGGCUAGGUGAAUAUGAUAGUCCCUGAAAUAGCUCUUAACUUCUCUUUCAUAUUCCGUGAAGUAGUAGGUUCUGGAAAGAGGAUGUGCCUUAUCAAGGCCUCAAUAUUCCCUUCCUUCAAGAGGAGCCAAACUUUCUGGGCUUUUGGUAAUGGAGUCACUAGCUCCCUGUGGCUACAGAUGAGUUAGGAUACGUGGAUUGUGCUGGGUGGACACCAGUUGGGGGUGGCCUCACCUUCAUAACCCCUAUAGAUCUCCCACCCCAAUCCCACCAGGGAAGCCAGCAUCUUGAGCCUACUGUGCGCCUGCAAAUAUGGAAAUAUUCUCAGGGUAUGGAAGUGAGGUGAUUCUGCAGCAAGUGUGAAAACAUUCCCAGACAAUAGAGGGAAGAAGCAAUAAGCAUGGAAAUACUGCAGGUGGAUUAGCAGAAAGAAUAGAAAUGCCUCAAGGGAACAGAAGUCUGGACAUGCCCCCAGGAAGUUCUACAGGAAGUGUGGAAACACCCUCACUGAAUGUGACAAGUGGCUCAGGAGCAAACCACUGACCAUCUUUAGGGAACAGGUGUGGAGAGUCAGUCAGGCUUCAGGUACAUCCUGGGGAGUCUGGCCAGCAGCCCCCAGCCAAGCUGUAGUCCUGAGGUAGGCUGACAUGGGGAGGUGAGGUGGAUCUAGAGCCACCACCAUUUCUGGAGCAAGGGGCCUCCCUCUUAAUACUCACCCAGGGAAAGAUUGGUUGAGGGCUUGCUUGGGUCCGGGUCCAACCCUCAGUGCUCAUCCUUAAGGGCCCCUGGAAUCUGACAACUCCCUUCCUCCAUCAUCACCUCCCACUGAUCUGCUGUCUCCCUGAGCCCAAGCAACCUGAUCUUCCUCCUAGCCUGGGAUGCUGCCCUUGAACAGGAGAUGGCAUGCCAUCUUUACACCUCAUAUGACAGACACAACUGAGAUGUGCCAAAUCACAUGGUUUUUGCACUGCCAUAGGGCGCCCCCGUGAGGCCGCUUCGCCCCCCACCAUGUUCCAACGCCUCACCAGCCUCUUCUUCAGCACCCCCCCGGCCCCUGAAGACCCCGACUGCCCCCGCGCCUUCGUGUCAGAGGAGGAUGAAGUGGACGGCUGGCUCAUCAUUGACCUUCCGGACAGCUACGCGGCUCCACCCAGCCCCGGGGCCGCCCCUGCCCCCGCGGGCCGCCCUCCGCCCGCGCCCUCCUUGAUGGACGAGAGCUGGUUUGUUACCCCUCCCGCCUGUUUUACUGCAGAGGGGCCUGGGCUCGGUCCCGCCCGCCUCCAGAGCAGCCCCCUGGAGGACCUCCUCAUCGAACACCCCAGCAUGUCCGUUUACGUCACCGGCAGCACCAUAGUGCUGGAGCCCGGGCCCCCUUCCCCGCUUCCGGACGCGGCCCUGCCUGACGGCGACCUCAGCGAAAGGGAGUUGGCGCCCGCCCGCCGCGAGCCCCGGGCCGCGCGCCACGCCGCUCCUCUACCCGCGCGGGCGGCGCUGCUGGAGAAAGCGGGCCAGGUGCGGCGGCUGCAGCGGGCCAGGCAGCGGGCGGAGCGCCACGCGCUGAGCGCAAAUGCGGUGCAGCGGCAGAACCGAGCCCGCGAGAGCCGUGCGCGCCGGCCCAAGCACCAGGGCAGCUUCAUCUACCAGCCGUGCCAGCGCCAGUUCAACUACUGAGCGUCUGCUGGUCGCGCCGCGAACCCCUUGCCGACUACCGAUCCCUGUCGGGUCCCUCCGACGCCUCGGGCUGGACGCGAAAACCUCCCUCCUUAAAGCUGAGGUUGGGUGAUAGCCGUUCCUUCCCUGACACCCUCAAUUUCCCCAUCUCUGAUCCUCUAAUCCGCCUCUGAGCCCCUUUUCACGCCCUCAUUCGCCCUCGCUGUUUCUGGCCCCCAUCCCCAGCAUCUAAUCAUCCAUGCCCCCUGCUCCUGACCCCUCCAUCCUUUCUUCUCUGGUCCGCAUCCCUGUCUCUCCCCUUCACCCUUGCCCUCCAGUCCUCUACCUCUGGCCCGCUCCUAUUUCUGAAAGCUUCUUCCAGUCCCUGAUCUGGCUCAUUCCCCACCUUCAACUCCCACCUUACAUGACUCACACUAUCCCGUGUUUGGCAUUACACUCACCCCUGUUCCCUUAUUCUUCAUUCCCAGUAAUUUGCUCCCAAAUGGUGGAGACCCUGAGCCCAGCUCUGACCAGGUAGAGAGCCUGUGCAGUCUGGGCCACUGUCAUUGCCCUCUAGUAAGGGCUCGGGGUUUUGCUUUUAGUCUCCCCUUCAUUCUGCCUUGGGGGCUGUACUCUGUGGAGCUGCUUAGGCCUGGAAAGGUACAGUAUGUAGAAGAGGACUGUGCAAGUGAGUUAGAGGGAGAAGACGGAGGGAAUCUAGGAAAUGAGGCAGCCUCUUGGAGAUUCGGACAGGACAGACAUGUUGAGAAGCUACAGGGAGCAGGGCACCAAGGGAGCUCGCACUGUGCCUGCUCAGAGAGGCAAUGCCCUGCUUCCAGGCUGAAGCCUCGAGUCUGCUCCCACUUCCCUUUUCUAUAAUCCAUUCUUCUGCAGGUUCCUGAAUCUGAAGGGCUUAGUUAGUACCUUGCCACUCUACCCCUGAACAUGUCACCCGAGUAGAAGCUGGGCAAGGUCCCACCAUCCUGGCCGUUUGUUCACAAGCCCAAGGUGCUAGAAUAGCUUAGGGGAGAUGCAGGCCACAGGGCUUCUAGGCAGGCAAAGGGCAUUCACACUAGGUCAGAGUGCAGAGCAGUGAUGCUGGAGAGGACACACCAUGGGGUGAAGCCAUCCCAACGCUGACAGCUCAGCCUUCACCUUGCUUGCCUCUGGUCUUGUAUUUCACACUCUGCUCAGUAUGGCUAGGAAGCGGUCCUGAGUAGAAGUCCAGGAGCCCCACUGUCCUAAUCCCCAAAUUGUUCUUAUCCAGGUUCCGGGCCUUCAGGGGGCCUCUUCUCAUUUUCUCCCACAGGCCUCUCUUUCUAGGUUGCUGGGAGAAAUGGGUGCCCUAUGGUCCCUCUCCUCUCCUCCUCCAGAAAUGUGAAUCCCUGGGGGAGGCAGAAGGGGCAGAGGCUUCCCUCUUCUUGUGGAGAUUGAAUUUUGGGCUCAGACACCAGCAACAGCCUCUUGGGAUGCCCAAGUUGCUUCCCAGUUCCUCUUUCUAGCCGUCCUUUUCUAGUAUACUCACUCUUCCUUGGAACUUUUAAGACUUCUUGGUACAUAUGAACAUAGGUCUUCCCCUCACCCCAACUUUAGGUUUCCAGGCCUCACAGCCAAGCUGAGGCUUGGAGAAAACUCUGCAUUCCCAUGAGGGCAAAGGCAGCUGCCCUUCCUGACCCUAUAGUCCCAGGCCUCAUGGGGGAUGUGUGGGGAAGGUAUGGGGUAUCCCCAUGGAUGCUGGGAUGAGGGCAGAGGAAAACCUGUUGGGGUCUCCUAUCCCAGGGAAUAAGCCAAAUUAACACUAAAAAUUGAUCAAAACUCCCACACCAGUCCACUAGGGCCCCAGUAGUUGACAGCCUUGCUCCUCUCCCUAAGUUCUCCUUUAGUUACAACCUAGUUGCUUUUAUUCUUCCAGCUACCAUUUGGGCACUUCAGAGCCAGCCUAGGGUCUUCGGCACCUCCAAGAGCUGAAACUCCCUCCAACCCUUCUUGCCUACUCCUCACUGCCAGCUGGGGUCUAGGCUCAGUCCUAUGUGGUGCCCAUGAUCCCUCUGGUGGGGGAAGAGCUUAAGGGAAGAGCUUAAGUUAUAGGGCAUUUGGCUCAAAUUUUAAAAGGCCUUGUGUUUACCUAUAUUUCUGGAGGCUCCUGUAGUUCUAGAACCCAAUCUCUCACCUGGCUGGCUGCAAGGCUCUUAUUUUUUGUACUUUUCCUAUAGAUUCUGUAGCAUUUGAGUGUGGCAAUAUUUUAAUUGUGUAUAGAUUUCUAAGAACCAACACUACUCAGUCUCCUGCUAGUCUGACUCCUGAAGCAUCAGACCUUGUCAUACUGUAUUGACUGUGUACGUGCCUUUCACCUUUGAGCAUGCUUCAGGAUUUUUUUUUUAAACCACAGAACUUGAAUACAUGAGGGAACCAGAGUUCACAAAGUCCUAUGCAACCUUAGGAGGAGGUUAGAGAGUCUGUUUUGAUUGAUGUUUUCAGUGGCCCUAGAGGAGUUUGUACCAAUUUGUGAGUAUUAAUGUCAGUACUACCAGCACUUUGCCAAAACUGUGUCAGAGGGACCCCUGUUUCUAGAGUGAGUCCCAGUUACAUCAAAGAGUGACUUCCAGUUAUUCCCUAGUAAGUCUGAGUGGUUCCUUCAAGCUGGGUGUCUUUCCAGCCUUUGCCAGUCUAGCCCCAGCAGGGCAGCGUGUGUGUAUGAAUGCAGUUUGGUGCUGUUUUGGAGUAUGCCUGCUCCCCAGCUCCCUGCCUGGAACGCUCUGAUCAACUUGCGCUGACCUGUAAUGUCUUAGGUGCAACAAGGACCCCACCAGAGCUCUUGGAUGCCCUCCUAGAUCCAUGUGGCUUUAUGUGAGGGGACUGAAUGCAGACACACCAUAGCCCAUUUCUACUACUUUCCCUCUCACCCUUCCACCAAGUUCCACAUGGAACCAACAAGUUGAGUGCGUCCCUGUUGGGUGUUCUCUGUUGAGACUGGCUGAAAUGAGACUUUGGUUGACCAUGUGAUGUGUCGACAGACUCAAGGAAACAACCACCUCAACCGGGUCAUGUGGCAUGCCUGUGUAUGUGUGUAACAGAAUUCUGAUUGUUAGACUGUAAUGCUAUUCCUCUAUGGGAGAAAAAAAACUAAUAUAAAGAAAAACAAAUAAAAAUCUAUUUAAAGCACAU